AUGUACUACGCCGGCAGCGCAGAGUGUUUAUCGGUCUGGAGGAUUCCGUUUGUCUCGGCGUCAAAGUUUUCUCGGUCUAAAGUCGCGGUAUGUCUGGAAAUACAAUGGCCAUGGCGGUGUACUUGGUGGAGAUGCGACCACAGGUUCGACCAUACUGUGCUCCCCCCGUGUCCCCGCGCUAGAGACACUCCGCCCAGAAGAUCAUUCCGCUUCUAUGCAAUUGCAAUGGGGGCUAUGUGGCACAGCCCAAUCGCGAGUCAUUGUGAAAAAGCAACCGUCUCGUGGCGACGUCGCGUCGAAAUGUUGAGGCCGGUUGAGCACUAUCGACAGCCGGGCAAGGGGCUCUAG